UGGGCAAUUUUGUGAAACUUUGUUAAAUGCUUGCAACAACAAUACGUGUCAGAAUGGAGCUGCAUGUGUCCAGGUUUCUGGUUCUUGUACUGAUUACACAUGUUCCUGUCCUAAUUGCUACACUGGCCAAUUUUGUGAAACUUUGUUAAAUGCUUGCAACAACAAUACGUGUCAGAAUGGAGCUGCAUGUGUCCAGGUUUCUGGUUCUUGUACAGAUUACACAUGUUCCUGUCCUAAUUGCUACACUGGCCAAUUUUGUGAAACUUUGUUAAAUGCAUGCAACAACAACGCGUGCCAAAAUGGAGCUGCUUGUGUCCAGGUUUCUGGUUCCUGUACAGCUUACACAUGUUCCUGUCCUAAUUGCUACACUGGGCAAUUUUGUGAAACUUUGUUAAAUGCUUGCAACAACCAUGCGUGUCAGAAUAGAGCUGCUUGUCUCCAGGUUGUUGGUUCCUGUACAGCUUACACAUGUUCCUGUCCUUCUUGCUACACUGGGCAAUUUUGUGAAACUUUAUUGAAUGCUUGUAACAACAAUGCGUGUCAGAAUGGAGCUGCUUGUUCUCAGGUUGCUGGUUCCUGUACAGCUUACACAUGUACUUGUCCUAGUUGCUACACUGGGCAAUUCUGUGAAACUUAUUCAUGCGAAGGAAAUUCUGGGAUCUCAGAUUGUGCUGCAGAAGAAACUGCCGAAGACCGCCUUGCAAGGAUAAUUGAUAUGAAAGUUACAGUGGACAAUGUAUUAGAUGUCAGUAUAGAGGUGUUUGAGAUCACACAAAAAACAGACGAGAUCACUGAUGGCGCACUUGGAAAAACAGCAGAAAUUUUGCAGGAUGUAGUCUCCAUAAAAACAAAAUCUACCAUGGUAACAUAUUCGAUGGUUGGUACAGUUAACAAUUUAUUUAGUAUUGAUGAAGAUAUUAUAAUGGAAAGUCAGAUAAGGAACCAAGCUCCCACUAGUAUAAUUUCAUCUCUAGAAGAACAACUUGGCCAAGUUGAGCUUAAAAAUAAUGUCUAUAAAGAAAGUAUGCCUAACGUUGCUGUACUUGGACAGAUGUUAACUGUUGGAGAUGUGAUGAGCAAUGCUGGAUUAAAGUUUGGUUCGGCUGAUGGUGCAUUUGGGCUGGAGGAUGUCACAGCCAUACAAGGGGAUUCUAUACCUAAUGAUAUCCAGGUCUCCAUUGCUCUACCUGCAAGCAUUUCAACCACAAUUAUGGACGAAAAAGGAAAUGAUAGUUUCCGAGUGUCUGUUAUUGCUUAUGAAAGCAGCAGGUUGUUCCAGUCGCCUCAGUUUGAUCGUUCAAGGCGAAGACCCAAUGGUCCGGUUAUAUCAUUCUCAGUACCGGAUUUAAAAACUGUUAACUUAACGGAACCGCUUACAGCCACAUUUAUUCCAUCUGAGAUAACUGAGGAAAACAAAGAAACAGAAUGUGUUUUUUGGGACUUUAAGUUGGGUAAGGUCGGAGGUUGGUCAAGUGAGGGGUGCAGUUUAGUUAGUGGAUCAGCAGAUGGUAGUGACAGACAGUUCUGUAAUUGCAGUCAUCUCACAAAUUUUGCAGUUCUUAUGAAUUUCUAUCCCCAGCAACCUGAUGCUAUCAGUGAGGUCAUCACCACGGUUGGUUUAAGCCUUUCCAUUGUAGGGCUUAGCGUGACAUUACUGACAUUUGUAGCAAACAGAAAAUUGAGAAAAAGCGAGCCGAAAAAAAUCCUCUGCAAUCUGUGUGGAUCUUUGCUUGGUCUUUAUAUUGUAUUUAUCGUUGGAAUUGACCGAACGGCCAACAGAAAUGGAUGCACCGCUGUGGGAGCUUUGUUACACUACUUCCUGUUGUCUUCCAUUUUCUGGAUGGGUGUCCAGGCCCUCAUAAUGUAUUAUUUAUUUGUAAAAAUAUACAAUGCUCAUGUAUCAAAUUUUCUUGCGAAAGCUAGCCUGUAUGCAUGGGGUGGACCUGCAGUUAUUGUCUUGGCUACAAUCUUUGUACAUGUUGAUGAUUAUGUGGAUGAAACCGAACAUUGUUUUCUGACAUUAGGACGAAUGUAUGUGAGUGUUGCUAUCCCAGUUAUCAUCACUUUGCUGUUCAACGUGACAAUGUUUAUUUUUGUGAUGCACAGCUUGUGCCAACGUGGAAAAUUUACCAACCGACAACGCAAGAAAAAUGAGGGCAUCAGGAUGCUGCAGAAUGGCAUCAGUAUCAAUCUGGUGAUGGGCUUGACUUGGGUGUUUGGAUUCUUUGCUAUCAGAGAUGCAACCCAAGUUGUCAACAUUUUAUUCUGUGUCUUUAACACCCUUCAAGGAUUCCUCAUAUUCAUGAUGUACUGCGUGAGAAAUAAGGAAGUCCGCAACUACUGGAAACAGAUUUUCAUUACCGUAACUGGUACUGGAACGAAUGAACCACUGCUGUCUUCACCACAUGGCUUAGAACACGGCAGUGGCCGUUCAGGUGACCAGACGACGGAGUAAAACGUUUGGCUGUGCAAGUUAUACGAGCAAGGGAAUAUAAUGAUUUUUAGCAUGCAUAUAUAAUUCUUUUAAAAGGGUAAAUGGUUUGUUCUGGUAUUCAAUACAGUAUAUAGAUAUAUAUGUCCAGUAUAAAAAUUUUUUAAUGAUAAGCUUUAUUAGUUUAUAUUACAUGAGAGAUUUAAUUUCAACUAUAAAACAGGUGAACAGGUGUAUAACUUAAUAAGGUAACAUUCUAAAGUAGGGAUGACCAGAAGGAGCUUAGCUCAUUUAGACCAUGGGCACCUUAUGCAAUGGGUAGCCUGAAUUUUGGUUACAGUGAAUUCUGUGAAAUAUAAUUAUUUUAUUGCACUAAGGGGCCCUACCAUAUUUCAUUGGCGUCCCAUACUUUUACUUCUGUGAUUUUUCCAAAGCGAUAACACAUCUGUAUAAUUAAAUGGUUUACCAUUUUGGCUUUUUUUUCUUUUUUAGUUUAGUGCAAUUAAUAUAAUCAUUUAAUUAAAUUACAUUAGUUACGUAGAGUUAACCAAGUCAAAUAUUUUAAAAAAAAAAGGUGUUUAAGUAGCCUAUAGUAGGCCUAGCUAUGUCUAAUACUUUGAUGUUCAGAAAUUUUACUCAAUACUCAAUAAACUUUAUUUGUCAUAUAUACAUGUACAAUACACAUACAAUAAAAUUUGAUUUGGUUCUUUAACAAAACAAACAUAAAAUACGAAAAUUUCAAACUAGUGACUUGUUCAAUGCCCUAGCCCUGAUGGCGGAGGGAUAGAAACUACGUAGAGAUAUACCCCUCCCGGUCACUAGUGAUUGAUAUCGGCGACCACUCCGCAUCAAAGUGAACAAAUGGUUGGCCUGGGGUUAUUUCUGUCCCCAGCCAAUGCCUUUUAAACAUACGGUCAUGAUUGAUUACAUCUACCAAAGGAAGUAUAUACAAACAGAAUGUAAUGAAAUUGGUUUUAUAUGGUUAACAGCAACAAGAUAUUUUUUAGUUUUUCUCGUAAUUAUUUUAGAAUUAAGUUGAAUUUUUUCGACUUCAUGUGUCACCAUGGCUACAACAUUAUUACAAUUUUUAUGUUUUUUCGUUUUAGAUUCUUGAGAAACCUAAGAAAAGUUAUUCAAACAUUUAAAUGGGUUUUUGUAAAACUCAUGACUUGCCUGUAUAUUUUUCAUUUAUAAAUGUCAAUGUAUUGGUAAAAUGAUGGUGGAAAAAUAUUUAAUCAUAUUUGAUUCGCUCGCACAGUUUGUCCAUUGAACUGGGGCUUCCGGGUUUUUUUAUAUACCAGAUAUCUCGACUUUCUUGCAAGACAAAACCACCAAUUAUGGAUUUUCUUUGCCCCAAUAAAUUGUGGAAUGAAAAUCAGGAAGCUACAUUAUAUUAUCUUGAAGUAUUAUUUUAAUGUUUGGUAAUAUUCGGCUGG